UCUACCCAUGAACCUCGGCCAUAAAAAUAAUAAUGAAAACUAGCCGUUAGGCUUUGUAAGAAGGCGAGCCUGUGAACCUUGUUGCACCCACCUGACAUUUUUGUCUCGGGCGUUUCCUUUCUCCCAAUACAAGAUUCCCUCUCUCUCUCUCGUCUUCACGUGCAUCAUCACAGGAACCCCACCCCCCUUUGGCUCUCACUCGCUACAAAACCCUUCUACCAACUGAUUUUGUUUCUGUUUUAUUCACACGCCUCUACUUCUUCUAGACUAGCAAAACACACAAAGUAAAAUCUGAAUAAAGAGAGGAAAGGGAAAAACCCACAAAGCAGAUUCCUUUCUCUCCUCUCUCCUCCUCCCUCCUCUUUCUACAUUCUUUGCUAUUUCUUAGAGUUUAUGCCGAACCAAACUUUAGUACCUUUGAACAAUUUUUACGAAUACCCUUUUCAGAUUCUUGAGUCUAUGAUGGAAAGGGGGGCUUGCAUUUCAGAUAAGAAGAAAGAGAAGUGGAAGCUUCAAGAGGGAGUUCCUUCACUUCAUUUUUUGGCGUUUUUGAAAGAGUUCCUCCUCUGUACGGCCCAGUUUCUCUUGCUUCUUCUGCUUCUGAUUUGUGUCACUAACCCCGUCUCGGGCGAGGAUUGGGAUGGUGUAGUUGUGACAGCAGCUGACUAUCAAGCACUUCAAGCAUUCAAGCAUGAAUUGGAUGACCCGAGAGGGUUCUUGAGGAGCUGGAACGAUAGUGGAUUUGGAGCUUGUUCGGGAGGUUGGGCUGGAAUUAAGUGUGCUCAAGGACAGGUAAUUGUAAUCCAGCUUCCAUGGAGAGGAUUGGGCGGCCGAAUCACCGAAAAGAUUGGCCAACUUCAAGCACUUCGAAAGCUUAGCCUCCAUGACAAUGUGAUUGGAGGUUCAAUCCCUUCGGCACUGGGGUUCCUUCCAAAUCUCAGAGGGGUGCAGCUAUUCAACAAUCGGCUUUCAGGUUCAAUCCCUCCUUCAUUAGGUUCAUGCCCUCUGCUUCAGACCCUUGAUCUUAGUAACAAUUUGCUCACUGGGAUAAUCCCAGCUAGUCUUGCAAACUCGACCAAGCUUUAUAGGCUCAAUCUAAGCUUCAAUUCAUUUUCAGGUUCAAUCCCAGUUAGUCUCACUCACUCGCUUUCCCUUAUCUUCCUUCAUCUCCAACACAAUAACCUCUCUGGCUUUAUCCCAAACUCCUGGGGCGCAUUAAGCGAGCUCCAAGAGAUUUUGCUUAGUAAUAACCAGAUCAGGGGAGCAAUCCCCGUUGAAGUGGGGAGGCUCGCUAGGCUAAGAACACUGGAUUUAUCUCAUAAUGCCAUAACUGGAAGCUUACCUUCUAGUGUAGCCAAUCUAUCCUCACUUGUUGUUUUGAAUCUGGCGAGCAACAACAUUGAUAACCAAAUCCCAGAAGCUCUUGACAGAUUACAUAACCUUUCUGUUCUAAAUUUGAAGAGAAACCAAUUUAGUGGUAACAUUCCCUCAACUAUAGGCCACAUUUCUACGCUUACACAGCUUGAUUUAUCAGAGAAUAAUCUUACCGGAGAAAUCCCGGCUUCCCUUGCUGAUCUACAGAAUCUUAAUUCUUUCAACGUUUCUUACAAUAACCUUUCUGGUUCUGUUCCCACUCGUCUCUCCCAGAAAUUCAAUGCAAGCUCUUUUGUGGGGAACAUUCAACUAUGUGGGUUUAGUGGUUCAAUUCCAUGUCCUUCUCAAGCACCCUCGCAAGGUGGGCCGGCUCCAUCUCAAGAGAUAUCAAAGCCCCAUCACCGCAAACUGAGUACUAAAGACAUAAUUCUCAUAGCAGCAGGAGCCCUUCUCGUUGUUCUGCUCAUUCUGUGUUGCAUAUUGAUCUGCUGCUUGAUAAGGAGGAGGACUGCAUCAAAAGCAAAGAAUGGUGAGACCACAGGAAGGGCCGGUGCUGCAAGGGCUGAAAAGGGGGUCCCGGCGGCCGGGGUUGAAGUCGAAGCGGGCGGAGAAGCUGGAGGGAAACUAGUCCAUUUUGAUGGGCCAAUGGUUUUUACAGCCGAUGAUCUUUUAUGUGCAACUGCAGAGAUAAUGGGGAAGAGUACUUAUGGAACUGUCUAUAAGGCCACAUUGGAGGAUGGGAAUCAAGUUGCUGUGAAGAGAUUGAGAGAGAAGAUAACUAAAAGUCAGAGGGAAUUCGAAGCCGAGGUUAGUGUGCUUGGGAAAAUCCGGCACCCAAAUCUUUUGGCUCUCAGGGGUUUUUACUUGGGACCCAAAGGAGAGAAGCUUCUAGUUUUUGAUUACAUGCCUAAAGGAAGCCUUGCAGCAUUUCUCCAUGCUCGCGGGCCUGACACACCCAUUGAUUGGCCAACAAGGAUGAAGAUAGCGCAGGGCAUGACACGUGGCAUGUUCCACCUUCACAGCCUUGAGAACAUCAUACAUGGGAACCUCACAUCCAGCAAUGUCCUGCUUGAUGAGCACACGAAUGCCAAAAUUGCAGACUUUGGCCUCUCUCGGCUAAUGACAGCUGCUGCCAAUUCUAAUGUGAUUGCUACUGCUGGAGCAUUAGGCUAUCGAGCACCUGAGCUUUCCAAGCUCAAGAAAGCCAACACUAAAACCGACGUAUACAGUCUAGGCGUCAUCAUUUUGGAGCUCCUAACAGGGAAGUCUCCAGGUGAGGCGAUGAAUGGUCACGAUUUGCCUCAGUGGGUUGCCUCUAUCGUGAAGGAGGAGUGGACAAAUGAAGUAUUUGAUUUAGAGUUGAUGAGGGAUGCAUCUACAAUCGGUGAUGAGUUGCUGAACACGUUAAAACUGGCUUUGCAUUGUGUUGAUCCGUCACCGUUGGCUCGGCCAGAAGUUCAGCAGGUUCUCCAGCAACUGGAAGAGAUUAGACCAGAGACCGCCGCCAGUUCUAGUGAUGAUGGGAUUGGAAUCCCUUCAACGAGUGAUAUUUAGGAAGACAACUACUAGUCUAGUCCACGAUUCUUUUAUUCUUGAACAUUAAUUUUGUUUAGCAAUUGCAUUGGCGUCUGUAAAUACGAGUUUGUUUCAGUUUAUUCAAGGCUUUUUUGUCUUGAUCAUUUGUGAUUUGAUUUAAUCAUGCAAAAAUGAUUGUAGACAGGAGCCUUCCUCCUUCCCUUAGCGGAAUAAGAUUCUCUCCAUUCCAAGUGGUA